AUGGAGAAGAACUUUGAUGAGAUAGCUGUUGGUAGCCAAGAUGGUAGUUCCAGCGAUUUGGAGCACAUCGAGGUUGACUGGACUGAAGAAGAGGAAGCGAAACUCAUUCGCAAUGGAAAUGCUCUCACAGACUUUUUCAUGGCUGAUGUUGGGAUUACUCAAAGCCAGUUCAAUGUUGGACAGCAGCUUUUAUCUGCGGGUAUUGUCUUGCUUGAGAUUCCCAGCAACUUCAUCCUCUACCGUGUUGGGCCCGCCAAGUGGAUUGGAUCCCAGAUCAUCGCUUGGGGUCUUGUUGCCACGUUUCAGGCAUUCCAGAAAGGUUUAGGUGCUUUUCUUUCUACUCGACUUCUCCUUGGUCUCUGUGAAGCUGGCUUCAUCCCUGCUGGAUUAUAUACAAUUACUCGAUGGUACAAGCGUGAUGAAACCAGCAAGCGAUUCUCUAUCUACUUCCUGGGUAACAUGAUUGCCUCUGGAGCAUCAGGUCUCAUUGCAUAUGGAAUUCUUCACAUGCGAGGUAUUGGCGGACUUGGAGGUUGGCAAUGGCUUUUCAUCCUCGAAGGUAUCUUCACCAUCCUUGUUGGGAUUCUCUUCAUCCUGUUCUUCCCAGACAGUCCCUUCAACCCCGUCUCACUCUUUAAGUUCGGUGUCUUCACUGAGAGGGAGAAAGAGAUCCUAAUGAAAAGAAUUCUGAAGGAUGAUCCUUCCAAGAUUCACGCAAAGCCAAACGUUACUAAAGAAGAGUUUCGCAAUGUGAUGACAAACUGGAGACUCAUUCCCCAUGUUUUACUCACUAUUAGUGCUCUCGCGCCCGCUACAACAAUGGGCUCCUACUCGCCAAGCCUUGUGAAGUCAUUCGGUUAUGAGAGACUCAAGUCGAAUGCCCUUGUGUCGAUUGGAUCAUGGGCCCUUGUUGUGACCAACCUCUUGUGGGGUUAUCUGGGUGAUAAACUUCAAAUGCGCGGCCCUCUCGUUGCAUUUGGAAUCUUCAUGUUCUGGGCAUUCGCGAUCGCUGAUCGUGUCAUGGUGUUUUCACCCGAUGGACAUACACGAUUCGCUCUGUUGACAUUAACUCAUGCUUUCGGAUGGCAAUGGCAUCCCCUGAAUGGUUCCUGGAUGGCUCUCAACGCUGGUUCCGCUGGAGAGAGGUCCAUCACUAUGGCCAUCCUCAUCAUGUCAGCCAACACAUCUGGAAUUAUUGGAAGUCAACUCUUCCAAGAGCAUGAUGCUCCUCUUUACAAAACAGGUUGGACUGCUAUCAUGGCUCUGGCUUCGGUUGGUCUUGUUAUGGCUGUCGUUGCGAACUUGCAGUAUUUCUUCCUCAACGGCCGAAGGAUAGGUCGCAAGGGAUUAAAGUAUAGUCCUUAA